UCUUCUCUUCCUAGCAGCUCAGGCGGCCAUUUCCUUCGGACCAGCGUCAACACACUGAGCAAUCCAUCCAUCACACACACAGCGACAGAGAAAGAAGACGGGAGAGGAGCAGAGGAGUGAGAAAAGCUAGCAAUGGUGAGGGCUCCUUGCUGCGAGAAGACAGGGCUCAAGAGGGGCCCGUGGACGGUGGAGGAGGACAUGACCCUGGUGGCUCACAUCGAGCAGCACGGGCACAGCAACUGGGGGGCGCUGCCGAAGCAGGCCGGCCUGCUGCGCUGCGCCAAGAGCUGCCGCCUCCGGUGGAUCAACUACCUGUGCCCCGACAUCAAGCGCGGCAACUUCACCAGCGAGGAGGAAGACGCUAUCAUCCAGCUCCACGCCAUGCUCGGCAACAGAUGGUCCACCAUUGCCGCCAGGCUGCCAGGGAGGACGGACAACGAGAUCAAGAACGUCUGGCACACACACCUCAAGAAGCGACUCGACUCGUCCUUGUCCAAGACGUCCGGCCAGGCAGCGCCUAAGCGCAAAGCCAAGAAGCCUGAUGUAGCUGCGAGCACGCUCGAGGAUCCGACCUCCGACCCGGUGUCGCCGGAGCAGUCCCUAUCGACGUCAUCUGCCACCGACUACUCGAUGGCCUCGUCGUUGGAGAACACGGGCUCUUCCUCGGACGAGUUCCAGAUCGACGACAGCUUCUGGUCGGAGACACUUGCGAUGUCGGUGGACUGCUCCGGUUCCGGGAUGGAAACCAGCGACACCGUCGCCGCAGAUAGUGCAUCGCCAUCGUCAAGCAACGAUGAGAUGGACUUCUGGGUCACGCUGUUCAUGCAGGAUGGUGACAUGCAUAGUUUGUCACAAAUUUAAUGAGAAAAUUGGGUUAUUUUACAUAACAUUUUUUUAUCGGAAACGAGGCAAGCAAACAAGCCAACAACUGUUCCCAGCUCUCAAGCCUAGCCAAAAAAGUAGCUGGGCAAGAUUAAAACGACAACAAAAGGUAAGCAAACCUAUGAGCAGGGAAGUGACCAAACAAGCAAAACAACACUAGGCGACGACUCUUGUCAAAGGUUAUGUUACACAACGGAUGUAACUAAUAACUGUGU